CUCGUCCUGCAAGGAGCCACAGGCCUGAGAGUGCAGCAGGAGCCCAAGUGGUUGCGGGUGACACGGGGAAGCCAGGUGACCUUGGCCUGCCAGGUGAUACAGUCCCAAGCCUGGGAGCGGCUCCGGGUUGGAUGGACCAAGGACGACGUCUCCUUGUGUGAGCCGCACAUCACCAAUGGCAGCCUCAGCCUGGGGGUCUGCGGGCCCCGGAGGCUGCUUUCCUGGAAGGCGCCUGGCAACCUCACCCUGCAGCUGGACCACGUGAGCCUCAAUGACAGUGGGGACUACGCGUGCUGGGUGGCCGUGGAGAUUCCUAAGUUGGAGGUGAAGCAGGGCAAUGGCACGCAGCUCCUGGUGGAGAAAGAUGGCCAGCCCACGAACCAGACCUCGGUCGACUCAGGACUCCCGGUGGCGCCGCUAGCGGCAGGGGGCGUGGCCGUGGCCGCCUUCGCGCUGAGCGCCUGGGUCUGGGGCCGCCGUCGCAGCCGGCGCGAGGACUCAGGGCAUCCUCUCUACGGGAACGUCCUUUACCAGCCCCGGAGGGCCCCAAAGAAGACUAAGGCGUGGCGUGUGGAGGGGCAGGGGCUGGACGUCCCCAGGGAGGACCAGAAGAGUCAGAGCUUCUAUUCCAUCUCUUUGCCCCAGCCUCCCAGCCCCCAGCAGCGCCUGGCCCAGGAGCCUUGCCCCAGCCCCAGCCCCAGGUCGAGUCACCCCAUAUCUACCGUCGGCGUCUCUCCUGACCCACGCCCCUCCGGGCAGCAGUGGCCAAGAAGGCUCCUUGAAGUGCAAGGGAGGGGCCGCGUGGGGGCAGGGCUGGCCUGA